AUGUCUUACAACCAGCGCGAGACUCCGAUACUCGCGGACCUCUGCAUCCUCCUUGUCGAGGAUAUCUAUGGCGAACUCGCAUCUCGGGUAUACUCGGUGCUCGCACGCCAUGGACGACAAAGCCUCGCUUCUAUCGCCCGCGCCUCCUACCUAAAUGCCCGGCAGAUCAAGUAUGGCCUCGUCAUUCUACUUCAGCAGCACCUUAUCUUCCACUCCGGUAGCGAUGCGCCCUUGACCUACUACGAAAUCGACUGGCAAAACUCGUACGCAAUCGUCCGAUUUGGCAAGGUCACGAAGCUGGUCGAGGAUCGCUUUGGCAAAAAGGCUGCCAAUGUCAUGUCCAACCUGCUCGCCCUCGGCCACACACGCAUCGCCGAUUUGAAAGAAGCAUACUUCCCACCCGAAACCGACAGUGAUGAUGAGUCAGACGAUGGUGCUGCAAACGGCGCCGGCUCCAAGCGAAAGCGCACCAACGGCGCUCAUGUAAACGGUCACGCAAAGACAAAUGGUGCUACAAAUGGGGUCCCUUCUGAAUUGGAGGAUGUAAAGCCAGAUCCGGCAACGCUGACAAAUGGCAACGGAAAAACCAACGGCGUACACAAGGCUUCCAAGGUCGACGGUAUGACACAGAACGGCACGCCCAAGGAGCCUAGUCAAGAGCAGGAUGAUAGUGAUAUUACUUCCAUUGACGAGCUAUACGAGCUAAUUCAAACCUUGAUCGAGAACGGAUGGGUCAGGACUGUUACAGAAACCCAGUAUCUCUCCCCCGGAGACAUGCACGACAUGCUCUAUCAAGAGUCCAUUGAACAAGACAAUGCAGGCAUCACGCCUACUGGAACCAAAGAUAAAGAUGUAGUCAACAGAGGCACCUUGGCGCGCAAGCGUGCAAUGCGCGACGAGUGGUUGACUGUUCCAAAGUUUGCGCGGCAAACCAAUGGAUCUAACAAAAGAGUGAAGACCAACGGAGCGAAUGGUUGGGCUGCACCAUCAUCGGAUGACGACAUUGUUAUUCGUGUCAAUCCUGAGAAGAUUGCUGUCGCUAUGCGAACACAGCAACUAGUCCAUUUGGUACAGCAACGUCUGGGGUCGGUCACUGCGCGUGUGUACCAGACUAUGUUGCGCAUGCUGGAAUUGAAGACUCCUCGCUGCUGGGAGGAAUGGCCUGAGCCGCACUUGGCUAAUAUUGAGCCAUCUACCGAAAGCAACAUCGACCCUCGCUUUCUCAUCACUGCGCGCGACGUUGCAGUAAAGCUCAGUCGAGAGCAGGACCUAGAUAUCUUUGAAGGUCUUGACCCUAAUGCGGCUGUGCAAAUCACUCGAAAGGGGCACGUGAACCGAACCAACAUCUGGACGGCACCAACUGAUCCUUCGAAACUCAAUAUGGAAGAGAAGACAAAAGUCGUAGACAAGCACAUACAAAUGCUGGCAGAAGACCCGUUUCACUUUGUCACUUGGCAUUCGCGUGCUGGAUUCUCACAAUGGCACAUUGAGUUUGACGAAAUUGCGAGACAAAUGAUACAGAAUGAAGUCGAAAACACUAUCUCAGCAAGAAAAGGCACGUUAGGCGUAAAACUCAUUCGGGCUCUGCGGAAGAAAGGUAGACUCGAUGAGCGGGCAAUCUGCAAUGUCAUGAUGAUGUCCGCCAAUGACAUCCGCGGCAUCGUCAACGACCUGACAGUUCAAGGCAUUGUUCAAACCCAGGAGAUUCCCAAGGUCGACAGACGAGAAGCCAAACACUCUCUCCACCUGGUCUGGUAUGACCGACAGCGCGCUCGCGAGAAACUGCUCCACGACACAUACAAGGGAAUGGUGCGCAUCCUUCAACGCAUUGCCUACGAACGAGAGAAAGUCCAAUUCCUCCUCACCAAAGCGGAGCGUUCAGAUGUUGUAGGAAAUGAAGAGAAGUGGUUGAGCAAAGGCGAGCUGGAUGCGCUCAGGAAGUGGAAGGAAGUGCAAGAAAAAUUACUCUUGCAGCUCUUCCGUGAGGAUGAUCUAGUGGCUACUUUGCGCGACUUCCAUGGCCCAUUGAUUUCCGCAUAG